AUGAAUCAAAAAGAGAAACUUGCUUAUUUUCCAAAUUUACUUGUAUUCUAAAAAUUUUAUAUCUCUUAAGGGAUAAUCUGAUAAAGUGAUGAGUUAAAACAUUGAUAGUAAGAAGGGAUUAGAAGAAUAUUUAGCAAUCAUGUAAGAACGAGCUAAUGUUGAAUAAUAAUAUGUAAAAGCUUUAAAUAGAUUAUAAUCUUAAAUUGAUAAGUCAAAGUAUAAAAAUAUUUAAAUUUUAUAGCAUAAUUUUAAUGAAGGAAUAGUUAAUUAAUCAAUUAUAGAAUAAGAUUGAAAGGAUUGAAAGUUUUGUUGAGUUCAUUAGAACUGAACUUUAGGAUUAGGUUAAGGAAACACUUAAUUAAUAAAAUUUGAUUUCCAAUAAAAUUAUUGAAGAAAUAAAAUAAAUGGAAUAGACUUUAAAUGAAAAAAAGGAAAAGGUUUUAAUAACAAGAUCGGAUUAUAAUAUAAAAUAUAAAGAUGUUGAAUAAUCUGGAAUUUUAGAUGUGGUAUACUAAUAUAGUUUAGAUGUUUCAGAAGAUCAAACUAUUAAACAAAUAUGUAGGUAUAUAAUACUUUUAUAUUUAGAACAUAAUAAAUUUCAAUCGAAUGUUCUAAGUUAGAAAAAUAAUAUUAAUUAUCUAUUGUUGCUUAUAAUGAAUUUUUAGAUGUAUAUAAAACAAAAAUGGAAAGUUAUUUGAUUUAGAUGGAAGAAUUUGAGCAGACUAAAUUAUUAGUUCAUAAGGAUACUUUAUUAAAAAUGUUUUUAUUUGAAGUUUCAAUGUCAAAACAUCAAUUUUAAGAGUUUGAAAAACUUAACGAAUAGAUAAGGAAUAUAAAUAUUUAAGAUGUUAUAGAAAAUUUUAUAAUGAAAUAUAACAGACCAGAUUUUAUACCUGAAUAAAUGGAAUUUAAACAUAAUACUACUUUAUUAUUAAAAAAAAUUGAAUGUUUGAAAUCUUAAGAAUAUCAAAAGUUAAAAAAUUUAAUUAAAGCAAAUACAGAUAAAUUUUAUACAUUAUUUUCAGAAAUAGUUGAGAAAAAUGUAUUAAUUUGGAAUAAUCUAGAAUUAAUAAACUAUUGAAAAUUAGGAUCUCGUUUCUUUAAUAAAUAGCAAUAAUUGUUAAGCUUACUUUAAGAUUUUCCUAAUUCAUAUAAAUUCUAUUUGGAAUGGUGGUUAAUUUUCAAAUGAUUAAACAAUAAUAGAUUUAUUGGAAUAAAGUUCUUAGAAUAAAAUACUUUGGUUGAUUGCAUUAGAUAUAUAGGCUGAAAAAAAUAAUUAUAGAAUUCCUAAUUCAUAAGCUUAUGAUUAAAUUAUCAAAUUGAGUUAAUUGAUUAUAAGUUAAGUAAUUACUUAUUUAUGAUUUUAAAAGUGUUCAUAAUAAAUGGAUAUUACACCAUUAAGAUAAUUAAUAGUAUUGAGUUCAUUGAUACAUAUAUUAAUUUCGAAUAAAAAGCAUUAUUUGAUGUAAAGCAUGAAAAAUAAUCAAAUUUUCACUACAACAGAUUUCAUAGAAGCAAGUAUAAUAGAAGCAAUAUAUGAUGGAUUGGUGGAAGAGGUUAAGGAUGAAACAAACUCAGUUGAAAAAAUUAAAAGGUUUAAUUCUAUAAAUAAAUUCUAUAGAUAAAAAAUCAAUUUUUUUACCCAGAUUUCAAAAAUUUGUUUCGCUCUGUUAAUAUUUAAUAAGAAUGAUAUAAUAAAAAAUUAUGCAGAAAACUAUUUAAAGCUUUUACGAUUGGCUUCUAAUGCAAUUAGAGAUUUAACAUUUUAGAUUGAAAGUUAUCAAAAGUUGUGA